CUUCUGGGACUCCACUCUCAACCACCGCGCCAGGACGCACGCAUGCCAGAGGACGCCGGGAUUGGAGCCGCCUCGUCAGGUGCCGUCUCCAAGAAGCGAGCAGCAGAGGACUUUCAGCGCGCCUACAAGGCUUGUAUCAAUUGCAGAGCCAGAAAGGCGAGGUGUGUUCUUACGACCGACGGCAACAACCUUGUUCCGCCCUGUCAAAGAUGCCGCCGAGAGAUGCGAGAAUGUGUCUUCAGGGCCGAACGGUCGUGGACCAAGCGGCCCAAACAGUCCUCGUUGGAGCCGGAUCCAAAUGAGCCUCCAGAUCAGGCUGUCACAAAUGUUUCUUUUCCCUCCAUUAUCCGGAACGGAAAAUCGGGUGCUCGAAGGACCUCUGGCGCCGCAUCCAUACCCCCAAUCACGUAUGAUAAUGCGUCUCCAAUCCAAGAGCGAGCUCGAAGAGCGUCUUCUCCUGUUGCUCCCGGAAGGCUCGCCGACUCCGUUAUGCGCACCGUAGUCUCUAGCUCAAAUGAUGCAUUGAAUCUCCUUUUUGAGGCAGCCCACCACAGAGACACGCUUGGUCCUCCAAACGACCCCGAUACGACAGAACCAAGCCCAAACAACCAGCCUUUAACCUACGGAUCUGGUGAUACUCCUCCUGCUAUGUCAUCUUCGAGGGGAAGGGUUGGCAAUUUGUCCAAAGCGUCGCCCGAAACACUUCGCACCUGGAAUGCGUGUCGCUUCGUACAGAUAGGCUGGUUCUCCGCCCAGGAGGCAGUCACUUACGUUGAUCUGUUCUUCAAGAAUCUCUCCUUUUUGUCUCCCGUACUGAGCGACUUCUACAGUGACCAUCAGAAUCAUCUGCUGCUCAUAUCACGGGAUCCCUUUUUGUGCUCCACGAUUUUGAUGAUCUCUUCGCGAUACAACAUUCUGCCAGGCGUAGGUGGAAUGCCGCGCAGCUACUUUAUCCACGAUCGGCUAUGGGAGCAAUGCCAGCGGUUCAUUAUGAUGAUAACGCUUGGCCAAGAGAAGGCGUCCAGGGCCAAAACUCGCACGAUCGGCUCAAUAGAGGCUCUGCUUCUCAUCGCUGAAUGGCACCCGCGAGCUCUACAUUUCUCGACGGGGAGCGAUGGCUGGGACGCUGAGCUAAUGAGCGCACCCCUUUGUACAACGCAUACAGAUGAUGAUGAUUUACACUCCAAAGACAACUUCUCGUCCAGUCGAUGGCUUGAAGAUGUGGUAGAACCUGCGAAACGAAGCGACCGGAUGUCUUGGAUGCUUCUAGGCUGCGGGCUUGCCCUAGCUCACGAACUAGGCAUCUUCGACGAAAACUCUAAUUUCGACAAAGCUCACGAUGCUUCAAACCCAAUGCCGGCGGGAACCAAGCAGUUUCGAUGCAUUCGAGCACAGAAGCUGCUAUACGUAUUCAUUGAACAGCUUUCUUUCCGCCUCGGAUGUACCUCAAUGAUACCCCAGAGCCUAAAUCACGUUCUUUUGGCCAAACCUCCGCUUGCCUCAAUUUCGCCAUAUGAAGAACUAUGGCUGGUUCAUAUGAGCGCUUGGGUCGAGCUCACGAAAAUCUCAAAGUCCGUGUCAGACAUGCUCUUCCCAUCUGCAGCGGUCACCAGAAAGACGCUCCGAAGUGGUCGCUACGUCGGACUUUUGCAGCAUUUCCAGUCUCAGCUUAAGCAGUGGCUCAAAAAGCACGGCAACAUGAACAUUGCAGACCGAGAUCUGAAUGACAUGAUGUGCAUGGAAUACCAAUACGUGAGAAUCCACACAAACUCGCUCGGAAUGCAAGCAGUCGUCGAAAGAACACUCGCUGAAGCCGACGCGAACGGGCUACAGAGUGAGGCUUUACCGCUAAACAUAGAACCGCUUUCUAUAGACUACGACUUCAUUCAGGAAGUUGUGGACGGGAGCUGUGACAUUCUUUUAAAAGCCAUUCGACUCGCAGAAACCGGCGCGCUCCAUUACGCUCCCGUCAGAGUCAUCCUCAGGACUGUCACGGCUUCGGUAUUCCUUAUCAAGAGCUUAAGCCUGGGGGCCCCAAAAACAAGACUGGAGUCAUCUCUAGAGAUACUCGAUAACUGCAUCAACGCAUUGCGAACAAGUACCAUGGAAGAUGGACAUCUUGCUGCGCGUUAUGCUACCUUAUUGGAGCUGCACGUCACUCGUCUUCGGAAUAAUCUUAUAAUCUCCGCAAGACCUCCCAUGUUACCACCGAGACAGGCAUCGGUGGACAGUCCCGCCGGCUUAGCGUUUCUGAGUAAUCAGAAUGCUGGAGAUUCUGGUAUCGCGUCUCUGGUUGAGGAUAUUAACGGUAUGAUGUACACGGAUGAUUGGCUUUCGCUACCAUUCAAUCCUUCAAUGGCGCCGUUCGAAAUCGGCACCGCACAAACGGCUUUCGGGACUGAUGAGGGAAACCUCGAUUUCUUCUGGGACCUGCCAGCUUGAGACUUUGUGACUGAAGCCCAGCUGCAUUACAACUGCUGGGGAUGCGCCCAUGACUUUUCAAAGCUGGCUGAUGGGCAUUG